CUUCACUCUUCUCUUCUCUGCGUCCUCUAGUUCGCCGACGUUCAGAACCUAGUUAUUGAAGCCAAUUGAACCAGACAGCUCCUUGGCGAGGAAGACCUCUAAGUGAAAACACAUUAUAGUAACUGUGUUGAGGUUCGAAUGGCAAUUGACGGUAGUUUUUGUCUUGAAUCUGAGCUAGAGAGGUUUCUUUCUCGCUGUCCCGAGCUUGCUUCUAUUUGCCAAUUCGAGUACCUAUUAAAGAAGGGACAGGAGGUAAUAGAAGAAGAGGUGGUGAAUGCUGUAGCAGAGCUGUUUCUGCACCCAAAAUAUACAAUCCCUUUAAUUGGAUGUUUUCGGCCAAUAGCACAGAAUAUUGUAGGCAGGGCUGUCAGUUUGCUUCGUUUAGUGCCCAGCUUGAGUUCUGAUUCUGAUGAUUCCAUGAUGGAAUUUGACGAAGAUGAAUUUCUUAGAGUAACUGAAAGGUUGGAUGAUGUGGAAGUUGUACAUGUUAUUGAUGUUUAUGUUAGAAAUGGAAGGGGCUUGAAUCUUCACGAGCUUGCCUGUCUGGCCUUUUGUCGAGCCCUUGAUUUGGUGCCUUCUUUAUUGGGGUCUGUGUUAAGUUAUUUCAAAUUUGCUCCUCCUCCUUUUAAAAGGAUUACGCUUCGAGAAUCAGUGUCUGAGCCAUUAAUUACGGUUCGAACACCUGUACUAAAAGCUGUACAAGCAUCGUAUCGCCUCCUUUUAGCAGAGCCUGAAGUGUUCAGGACGCUGUGGGAUUGGUCCGGUUUCCUGGACCUUUUACAGCUAUAUGCAGAUCUCGACCCAUGCAAUAAUGCUGAAUUCUUGAAGGAUGCCUUGGACAUAAGAUGGUGUGGGAUACAGAUCCUAUCAGAUGUAUCCUUGGAGAAGGCUGGCUGGUAUCUUGAACCAUUUGAAGAAAAAAACUUACUUUCUGUCGGUGAAAACAUCAAGUUGAGUCAAGGUCAUUCUCUGCAGUCUUUUGGCCUUAGUUCUCGACCUGUUUCUUCUUCAAAGUUUCAUGAGAUUUCAUUAAAGUGGAGCAGCAGGCAGACUUCAUGGGAUAUAACCUUACCUGGAAACCCUUUUGUCUUGACAUCUGCUGUGAAGAAAAGUUUUGAGAUGGUCCUGUUGGCAGUAAGUCAGAGGUGGCCAGUUCUUCUGUAUGGUCCCCCUGGUGACGGGAAAACUGCACUUAUUAGAAAGUUGGCUCAGGACUAUCGGAGCCAAGUUCUCUCUAUUCACAUGGAUGAGCAAAUUGAUGGCAGAAUGUUAAUUGGGAGUUAUGUAUGCACAGAGCAACCUGGUGAAUUUAGAUGGCAACCUGGUUCUCUCACUCAGGCCAUUUUGAAUGGGUUUUGGGUUGUCUUUGAGGAUAUUGACAAAGCACCAUCUGAUGUACAAUCCAUCUUGUUGCCUUUACUGGAAGGGGCAAGUUCAUUCUUAACUGGUCAUGGGGAGGCAAUAAGGGUGGCUGAUGGGUUUCGAUUGUUUUCCACUGUAUCAAGUUCAAAGCUAGAUAUAUCUCGUGCUAAGGAAGGCAGGGACAUACUUGGUGCUCUAUGGAGGAGAGUAAUGGUUGGGCCCCCAAGUAAUCAAGACUUGCUAAGUAUUGUGAAAGCAUGGUAUCCAGAUUUAGAGCCUCUUGCUGGAAAACUCGUAGAAACCUUUGGGAGGUUUGACCAGCUGGCUGGAUUUCGCUUUGGAACUUCUGCUUCUUCCAGCUCUCACAGCCGGUUCUCGUUAAGGGAUCUCCUGAAAUGGUGCAACAGAAUUGCAGGUUUAGGUAUUUGCUUUGGUGGGGGUGCUCUGUCAGCUUAUGAGUGUAACAGUAUCUAUCAAGAGGCUGUUGAUAUUUUUGCAGCUUUCUUGAGUUCACCUGGUCAUCGAUUGAGUGUCAUGAAGGAGAUUGCAAAGAUGUGGUCAGCACCAAUUUCAGCUGCCGAGACCCUUUAUCCUGUUAAUAGACCUGUUAUUCAGGAGUUGCGUCCUGAGAUACGUAUCGGAAGGAUUACCUUGCAACGCACUCGAACAGUAUCUGCUCAUGAAAUGAAACCGUUUGUUGAGAUUCACAGUUCACUGCAUAUUCUUGAGAGAAUAGCCUGCUCUGUUAAAUGCAAUGAGCCUGUUCUCUUGGUUGGUGAAACCGGUACUGGCAAGACUACUCUUGUACAGAAUCUUGCCAUGAGGCUUGGUCAGAAGCUUACAGUUUUGAACUUGAGUCAGCAAAGUGAUGUUGCUGAUCUACUAGGUGGAUUUAAACCUAUGAAUGCCCAAUUGGUAUGCAUUCCUCUUUACAAGGAGUUUGAGAAUCUUUUCACCAGUACAUUUUCUUCGAAGGAUAAUGAGGAAUUCCUUGCUCGCCUGAAGAAAUUUCUCAGUGAUAAGAACUGGAAGCUAUUAUUUGGCGGUUUUCAGAAGGGUGUCCGGAAGGUAAUGGAAAUAGGAAGAUCUGGGACCAGUACAAAGCGGAAAAGGCCUUUAGGUGAAGAAUUACUAAAGGCUUGGGAGAAAUUUUCCCUGAAACUUGAAACAGCUCGUGCUCAAAUUAGUGCCUCAGCUGGAAUGAUAUUUUCAUUUGUAGAAGGUGCUUUUGUUACUGCACUUAGAAAUGGUGAGUGGAUAUUGCUGGAUGAAGUGAAUUUGGCUCCUCCAGAGACCUUGCAGAGAGUUACUGGUGUUCUUGAAGGAGGGAAUGGGUCGCUUUGUUUAGCUGAAAGAGGGGAUGUUGAUUACAUACAACGGCAUCCCAACUUCCGUAUAUUUGCCUGUAUGAAUCCACCGACUGAUGCUGGUAAGAGAGACUUGUCCUUCUCAUUACGGAGCAGGUUUACGGAAUAUUUUGUUGAUGAUGUGUUGGAUGAUGAAGAUCUAAUUCUAUUUAUUAAUCAGUUUAUGGAUGAUAACCAUUUAAACAAUGAACUAGUAAAAAAGAUUGUCCAUUUUUACAAAGAGGCCAAAAAGGAAUCUGAAGAGAGGCUGCAGGAUGGGGCGAAUCAGAAACCCCAGUACAGUUUAAGGUCUCUUUACCGUGCCCUAGAGUAUACAAAGAAGGCAAGGAGAACCUUUGGAUUUCAAAAAGCCCUUUAUGAUGGAUUCUGUAUGUUUUUUCUUACCUUGUUAGAUGAACCUAGUGCGAAAUUGAUGAACCAAUUGAUUUUGUCAUGUUUGGUGGGAGGAACGGUACCCCCGCAGGUCCCUUUUGAUCGUUACUUGACAAUUUGUGGAAAUUCCAGGGCUGAUAAUUUCUUGGUGAACUAUGUUCUAACUAAGAGUGUUAAGGAACAUCUUAGGAACCUAGCACGUGCCAUAUUUGUUGGAAGAUAUCCGAUUCUGUUGCAGGGGCCCACCUCUAGUGGGAAGACUAGCCUUGUUCAGUAUCUUGCUGCAAUAACAGGUCAUGAAUUUGUACGGAUCAAUAACCAUGAGCAUACUGAUCUGCAGGAGUACCUAGGUUCUUACAUCACGGAUUCUAGUGGGAAGCUAGUGUUCCAUGAAGGUGUACUGGUUAAGGCUGUCAGGAAUGGGCAUUGGGUAGUUUUAGAUGAGCUUAACCUGGCCCCAUCUGAUGUGCUGGAAGCAUUGAACAGGUUGCUUGAUGACAACAGGGAACUUUAUGUACCUGAACUCGCUGAAGUUAUUUGUGCCCAUCCAGAUUUUAUGCUGUUUGCCACUCAAAAUCCACCCACUUUCUAUGGUGGGCGUAAAAUGCUUUCUCGAGCAUUUCGCAAUCGAUUUGUGGAGAUCCAUGUUGAUGAAAUCCCACAAGAUGAGUUGAGCAUAAUAUUGGAGAAUAGGUGCAAAGUCCCUCAAAGCUAUGCUAACAAAAUGGUAGAAGUUAUGAAGGAGUUGCAAUUACAUAGGCAAAGUAGCAAAGUUUUUGCAGGAAAACAUGGGUUUAUAACCCCACGCGAUUUGUUUAGAUGGGCUGAUCGUUUCCGGACAUUUGGUAAGUCCUAUGAAGAUUUAGCUCGAGAUGGUUAUUAUUUGUUGGCAGAAAGGCUACGUGAUGAUGGAGAGAAAAGAGUUGUUCAAGAAGUUUUAGAGAGACAGCUGCGAGUUAAGCUUUCUGAGGAAGACAUGUACAAGCAGGAACCAGCAGGGGGGGACUGGGUUCCGAAUGUGUGCAAAUAUUCGGGAAUUUCAGAGAACAUUGGGAAAGUUAUCUGGACUAGAAGUAUGUGGAGGUUGUACUUUCUUGUUGAACGUUGCUACAAGCUGCGUGAGCCUGUCCUCCUCGUCGGCGAAACUGGUGGAGGGAAGACGACUGGUUUCUAUCCUGUACGAGAGAGAUCAAGAAUAACUACUGAGUUUAAACACCUAUGUGAGCAAUUGAUGCAGUCAAAGGCUUUUAUCCACUUUCCUGGUGCCCCUAAUCUCUCUUCAGACAUUAGUCAAGCUUGUCUCAUUCUAAAUCAAUUGUCUGUGAUAAUAAACAACUACAGAAAGGGUCUUGUCUCCCAUCCUGAUGUCACCUUACAAGAACUCGAUUCCAUCGAGAAAAUGAAUUUUGACCUAGUUCAGCUGCAUCAGAAGUGGCAGAGCAUUUUUAUGUGGCAAGAUGGAUCUCUUGUGCAAGCAAUGAAGGAUGGUGAUCUGUUUCUUGUGGAUGAAAUUUCAUUGGCUGAUGAUAGUGUGCUUGAAAGAUUGAACAGUGUCUUGGAGCCGGAGAGGAAACUGUUUUUGGCUGAGAAAGGUGGGUCUGAUCUUGAGAGAUUAACUGCCCAUCCCAACUUUUUUCUUCUUGCAACAAUGAAUCCUGGUGGUGAUUAUGGCAAGAAGGAACUAUCUCCAGCCCUUCGCAAUCGGUUUACCGAGAUAUGGGUACCCCCUGUUUGUCAACUAAAUGAGCUUAAAAGUAUUGCUUUCGAGAGAUUAUCAAACCCAGAACUCUCCUGCAUUGUGGAUCCUAUGCUAAAAUUUUGGGAGUGGUUCAACCAGUUACAAACAGGAAGAAUGCUUACCGUGAGAGAUCUUUUGUCUUGGGUGGCAUUUAUUAAUGUGGCCCACAGAAGUUUACAACCUGAAUUUGCAUUCUUACAUGGGGCAUUCCUCAUUUUGCUUGAUGGACUAAGUUUAGGUACGGGUGUCUCAAAAAGUGAUGCCACGGAGUUGAGGGGCAACUGUCUCUCUUUUCUUCUGGAACAACUAAAGGAGUGCAACUCUAGUUUGGAUGACUCAGACCUUUCCAAAAUGGAAAAUUAUGGUUGGGCUGAUUUUGGAAGGGCUGCAGUUAUUGCAUCCAGUGAUAGCAUGCAAUGUGACGGGCUCUUUGGUAUUCAUCCAUUCUACAUUGAGAAAGGUACGGUUUAUUAG